CAUACUUUAGAGGAAGAUCCAAGUUUUUGUCAUUUCAACGGUGAACCUUGUGAAGCACCAUGGCUUCCAAAUCGUGGCCAAAAACAAGUUCUGUAAAGUCUUGGGGCUCCAAUAGACAACUGGGACGCCAUACUGACCCCAUUAUCAAGAUGUCCAAGAGAAGGUCAGAUGAGAGCCUUGGAAUAGCAAACAAAAGAAGCAGGAGAAGUGAAAGUCCCUGUGAAGGCUGCAGUCAGACAUUUCGUGGGCUUUCACCUGGUUCCAGCUCAUCCAGUUCAACCUCAGUGUACACUGACGCACCUGAAAUGCCAGAAGAAAGUCUCUCAAGAUCCAGCAGUGAACCUGAGCUUGAGUUGUGGCUGUCCGCUACUUCUGACUGCGACACUCACACUGACACCAGUAUGGAACUUGGGGUGACAACGAACAACAUAAGGAAGCUGGAGGAGAUAGAGGAACCAAGGAAGAGAAGCAGAGAGAUCCAGAGUCCCCUAGAGGGCCCCAGCCACCAGGACUGCUCCAGUGAUAAACCCCGGAAGAGGAGCAGAAAGACCCAGAGACCCUCAGAGGGUUCCAGCCAGCGGGACUGUUUCAGUGAGGCCCCCAGGAAAAGCUCCAGAAAGACCCUGAGUCCCUCUGAGGGUCCCAGCCACCAGGCCCUCUCCAGUGACAGACCAAGCACCUCCUCACCAGCAAAUGCUGUGCCCUCCAACAGUAUGGCUGCUUUUGAGGCCAAAUACAGGGUGCAUGAAAUACUGGGUGAAGGAGGCUUCAGUGUGGUUUUUUCUGGUGAACGCAAGGAUGACAACCUGCCUGUGGCUAUCAAAGAAAUCCUUCAGUGUAACGUUGACCGUAUACCAAUGCUUCUGGAUGGUAACAUGACCAUGGUCCCUCUGGAGGUUGCACUGCUACUGAGACUCAAACCAGCAGAGUCAGAAACCAGUGCUGUCGUGACCCUGCUGGACUGGUAUGAUCUAGACAACUCGCUCAUUCUCGUUCUAGAGAGACCAGUUCCCUGCAUGACCCUGUCGGACUAUGUAAACAGGAGACAGUUCCCUAUGCAGGAGCAUGAGACUAAAAUCAUCAUAAAACAGCUGGUGGAUUCUCUCAUUGAGAUCCAUUCCAAAGAGGUGUUUCACAGGGACAUCAAGACGGAUAACAUUCUCAUUGAGACCGCCUCUGAUGUACCAUGUGUCAGGAUCAUUGACUUUGGCUGUGGCACAUUUCUGUCAGGUCAAACGUACACUGAUGAAGAAGGAACCUAUAUCUACGCCCCACCUGAGAUGUUCAUAGAUGGCAUGUACCAGGCCGAACCAUUAACAGUUUGGCAGCUCGGUGUAGUGAUGUUUGGAAUGUUGCACAGGCGUCUCCCAUUCCGAGGUUCCAUUGAGAUUGCAUAUGGAGAACCUGACAUCGGUGAUGGUCUUUCUGUUGACUGCCAGAAUUUUCUGCUGAGCUGUCUGGUCAAAGCCAAAGAGGCCCGACCCACCCUGGACAUGCUAAAGAAUCACCCCUGGCUGAUGUGAUCCCGAAUGUCAGCUGGGAUUGGCUC